AUAAAGGCAGAUGUGUUAGUGAAUACAGCAGCGCCGAAUUUGGAUCUUACCAAGGGUUUUGUGUCAGCCUCUCUGUCGAGAACAUCUGGUCCGGACCUCCAAAAAGAAUGUCAAAGUAAAUAUCCGAGAGGUAUCAGAGCCGACGUAGUGGCUGUAACCAGUGGUUACAAUACACGAUGCAAGAAUAUAUUCCAUGUUGCAUUACCACCGUAUUCCGAACAUGCGCCUACGAGCUGCAUUGAGGGUUUUCAGAAAGUUAUAAUGAAUUGUUUGGAGAGAGCUUUCGUAUUAAAGCAUACUUCAAUAGCUUUUCCGGCUAUGGGAACAGGAUCUUUGGGUUACCCAGUGGAAGUUGUUGCAUCAGAAAUGUUUUCAAGUAUUGAGAAGUUCAAAGAGAAAAACUCUCAUUCAACUCUAGAAAGAGCAUUUGUAGUUAUUUAUGACAAAGAUGAUGACCUGUUUGAGUAUUUUAAAAGGACCCAAAAGGAAAUUUCAGUCUUACCGUCCUCGAAACACAAUAGGAAAUCAGCAGUAAGAAUAACAGUAACUGGCACGAAGAGAGAUAUAGAAAACGCAAAAACUCACUUGAAGAAAACGUUGGACGACAUAAGUGCACCUGACAUCGCCUCCAUGAGUAUCACUGACGUUUCAAGUACGGUAUUCGGAGCUGUCAAAGAACUGUAUGAUAUUCAAUUAAAUGCUCUUCGUGACAGAGGUGUGGACAUAGCUUACAUACAAAGCAGAAAUGAGCUUUCAGUGAGAGGUUUGAGAGAUUUAGCUAACUCAUCCAUAGAAAUAUUGAAAAUAUAUCUUGAGGAAACAACGAAGAUGCAGACAUGUGAAAUAUCCGUUAGACAUGUUUCUGCCACAUCUGUCCAUAAAAUCCUGCGUGAUAUACGCUAUGUUAGGAAAGGCGUUUGUUAUAUCCAUGAUCAGGAUUCUAGAAAUAUAACAGUUUUUGCCAACUCACAAAAAAUACUUUGUGAUGUUAAGAGGGAUUUUGAGUUGAAAUUUAACAAUACUAACGAUGCAGAUCACUUGACAUGUGGUCAGCCUGUGUCAUCGAGACGUAAAGAAGAAAUAGAUACGUCAGAAGCAGUGGAAACAACAGGUGCUAGUCCGUUACUUUUAAAACCGACGGUUUAUAGAUCAUUUUCUUGGUCAAAAGACUCGAAACAUUUGCGUGUGUAUAGGCAUAGAAAUAUUGUAGUGAAAGUAUAUGAAGCUAACAUUCUUGACGUUCCUGUGGACGGCAUAGUCAACGCUGCUAACGAGAACCUGCAACAUUGUGGAGGUGUCGCUAAUGCUAUUGCUAAAGCUGCUGGUAUUGGGUUAAAGCAAGAAUGUGAAUCUUUGAUACGUGAUAACAAAGGUAAGAAACGAGCAUAGUAUAUGAUCUGUAAUAACAAUAGUUUCGCGAUCGUAUAAUGUAAUUUCUGAUAAUUGAAUAUACUUUGAAAACAAUCAUACUAUGCACAUUAUAGUCAGUUUAUAUUUGUCCAUUUAGAUGAUUACUCGCAGAGUGAUAUAGCCGUCAUCUGUUACCUUUGACAUUAUAUUCUAUAUCUGAAUAUUGGAAGUCUUUAUGUUGACUUUUAUACCAGAAGUGAAUAUCACUUAUACUUCUUUAUGAUUACCUUGUUAGUACUUGUACUUAUAUAAAAUUGAUAGCAGUUUGUAAUGAUUAAAGAUAAUUAAAAUCAA